GAAGAACAAGGUUUAUCAGACAGCUGUUGGGAGGUGCUCUGCGCAGUCUGCAACUGGAAAGAGGUCUCCUGAUGGAAAUAAUCGCAGUAUAAAACAAUCCAUAUACUAGUUGUUCCAUUUCUUGCUUCAAGUCUCGUCUGUUCAAUGGGAUCCACAAGUCGACGCGGACUCAGCAUCACACGUGAUCGUGUACCACGCGCUGGCGUUGGCAGAUGGCCAUCAGCUUCCUAUCAUGAUCAUCACCAUGCAUCUAUGCCACCCAUCAUGACACGCUCCCGCCCACACAACCUUGUUCAUCCCCUCUUGCCAAGUAGCAAGCUCGCUCAGCACUGUGCCGAUGGUCGUAUACGGGAGCACCAGCACCACCCCCUCCCCUGGGGUCCUGCGCCGCAAGAUUCAGAGCCUCGUCGGGUUCUCGACCCUCCCGAAUCAAGUGCGGCAGAAAAGCCUCAGGGACGGGUUCCAGCUGACUGUCAUGGUCGUGGGGCAUUCGGGAUCGGGCAAGACGACGCUCGUGAACACGCUCUUCGAUUCCGCGAUCUGCGCCCCCCGGGAGGUGCCGCAUCCGUCCGUCGACCGACCCAAGACCGUCGCGAUCGAGACCACCGAAGCGGAUAUCGAGGAGGAUGGGAUCCGUCUGCGGCUGGCGGUGGUGGACACGCCCGGGUUCGGGGACUUUGUGAACAACAGUGGGAGCUGGGAUCCCAUUCUGGACUCGAUCGAGCAGCGCUACGACGCGUACCUGACGCAGGAAACGAGGGUACGGCGGACCAGGAUCGUGGACACGCGGGUGCAUGCGUGCAUCUAUUUUAUCGAGCCGACGGGGCAUUCCUUGAAGCAAAUCGACAUCGAGUUCAUGCGCCGGCUGCAUCACCGUGUCAACCUCAUCCCGGUUAUCGCCAAGGCGGAUACCAUGACCGAGGACGAGGUCGAGGAAUUCAAGGAACGGAUCAUCUCCGACCUGUCGUUCCACGACAUCGAUUUCUUCCGGCCGGUGAUGUACGACGACGACACGGACGAGGUGAUCGGCGAGGCGGAGGAGAUCGCGCGCGCGAUCCCAUUUGCGCUGGUGGGCAGCGAGACGCCCGUGCGGACACCCGACGGGCGGGUCGUGCGCGGGCGUGCGUACCCCUGGGGCGUCGUCGAGGUGGAUAACCCCGCGCACUGCGACUUUGCGAAGCUGCGCCACAUGCUGAUCCGGACGAACCUGGAGGAGCUGCGCGAGCGGACGGCGGAUGUGCUAUACGAGGCGUGGCGCACGGAGAGGCUUACGGCGCUUGGUGUCGUGCAGGAUCCGUCGGUGUUCCAGGAAGUCAGCCCUGCGGAGCGCAUGGCGGAAGCGCGGCUGAUGCAUGAUGCUAAGCUCGCCAAGAUGGAGAGUGCGAUGAAGGAGGUGUUCCGGGAGAAAGUGGAGCUGCAGGAGCAGAAGCUGAAGCAGUCCGAGGUCGAGUUGUACGCCAGGCACAAGGAGAUGAAGGAUGCGCUGAACAAGCAAUGGGCCGCCCUCACGGAGAAAAAGAAGCAGAUCGAGAACGGUACAUAUGACCCAAAGAAGAAGGGUGGGCGUGUGUGAAGCAUGUUUGUAUGUAUCCACUUAGCUUAUCUAUGGCCGGCGCGGAGGAUGUGUGUAUAUCCAUCUAUUUUUGUAAUGCUUGUAUACCCUGUUUUCUUGGGCUGCAUUCUGCCGUUAUCGGAAUAACCACUUGUUGUCAAUGCGCGAUGCCUUCCGUCAAGGAUACAAGUACAGUAUUAUUGGCUACAACAACAGUAGGCUAUCUAUUCUACAUUUACACAGUGUAUUACAUUAGUGGUACAUGAAACCAGCUCAACUCAGAAAGAAACGCGACUCAUCCACUGCCUGCGCAUCGAGUGCGAGCGCCUCGCCUGGAGGUUCUUCUUCCACAAAGGCUGCAGCACGAGCUCCGGCUGGGCUACUGCGGACAUGUUCAGGAUCGGGAGCGGGCCGCUGGGUGCCGGAGUCGGGAGAAACGCAUACGAAUCCUGGAAGAUGUCGUCCUGCUGGCCGUCCCGGAAGCCAUAGAGAUCGGUG